UACGUCAGCCCCCACAUGGAGCACUACCUACGCUCGGUACAUGGCAGCCCCACCCUCUCCAUGAUCUCAGCGGCACGAGGACUGAGCCCUGCUGAAGUGACCCACGAACACUUGAAGGAACGUGCCUUGUUCAGUCUCCCCCCUCCGCCACCAGGGGCCAACCCCACAGAGUACUACCACCUGAUGGCCAGCGCCAGCCAGCGAAGCCCCUACGGUGACCUCCUGAUGCAGAGCAGUGCAGCAGCAGCGGCAGCAGCAGCAGCAGCAGCGGCUGCAGCUCACCUACCAGAAUACAUCAGCCCUGUAGAUGUAUCACGUUUCUCCAGUCCACGACUGACGCCCCGACUCAGCAGGAAGAGGGCGCUAUCCAUCUCUCCGCUGUCAGACGCCAGCAUCGACCUGCAGACUAUGAUCCGCACCUCGCCCAACUCCCUGGUCGCCUACAUCAACAACUCCCGCUCCAGCUCGGCCGCCAGCAGCUCCUAUGGCCACCUUUCAGUCGGAGGGAUCAGCCCUUCAUUCAGCUUCCCUCAUCCCAUCAACCCAGUGGCGUACCAGCAGCUGUUGUCCCAGCAGAGGGGUUUGAACGCCUUCGGCCACACGCCUCCUCUCAUUCAACCGUCGCCGUCAUCGUUCUCGGCUCGCCAACACCCACUGACGGCUUCACCGAUGACCACCUCCCACAACAGCUCCAACUCUGAGACAAACCAGAACGCUGGCGGAGACCCGGCAGUGAGCAGCACUGUCAACCCACUGAUCACCAAGAGGUCAAAGGUUAAAACAGAAGCAGAGGGUCCGCUGCCCAUCUCACCGUCCUCUCAGGAUCACGGUGGAGGGAUCUUGGACCUGAGUGAAGAUCUGGAUAAAGACGAGUGCAAGCAGGAGCCUGAGGCCGUAUAUGAGACCAACUGCCACUGGGAGGGCUGCACAAAGGAGUAUGACACCCAGGAUCAACUCGUUCAUCACAUCAACAACGACCACAUCCACGGCGAGAAGAAGGAGUUUGUGUGCCGCUGGGAGGAGUGUUCACGGGAGCAGAAGCCCUUCAAGGCCCAGUACAUGCUGGUGGUCCACAUGAGGAGACACACGGGGGAGAAGCCGCAUAAAUGCACGUUUGAGGGCUGCGCAAAAGCUUACUCUCGCCUGGAGAACCUCAAGACCCACCUCCGGUCUCACACCGGGGAGAAGCCCUAUGUGUGUGAACACGAAGGCUGCAACAAGGCCUUUUCCAACGCCUCAGAUCGGGCCAAGCACCAGAACCGCACACACUCUAAUGAGAAACCAUAUGUGUGUAAGAUCCCGGGCUGUACCAAGCGCUACACGGACCCCAGCUCUCUCAGGAAGCACGUUAAGACAGUCCACGGACCAGAAGCCCACGUCACCAAGAAACAACGAAGCGACGUUCCUCCGAGACUGCCACCCAAAGGCAACGGAGAGAACGAGGCGAAUUCCAAACACGGUGCGAGAGGCGGCUUGGACGGCAAGCUUGAAGCCAACAGCACCUCUAGAGGAGUGGAAGACUGCCUACAAGUCAAAUCUAUCAAGACUGAGAACUCCAUGACAUAUCAGUCCAGUCCUGGUGGCCACUCGUCAUGUAGCAGUGAGCCAUCGCCUCUCAGUAGCGCCAACAACAACGACAGUGGGGUAGAGAUGGCCCUGCACAGCGGGGGCAGCUUCGGGGACCUCAGUGCACAGGAUGAGUGCCCCAUGGUUGACUCCACUGUUUCCGCUGGGGGGCAGCAUGCUGGAAUGGGGCUCCAGAUGAGGAAAGCUGUGGGUCAUGGUGGUGCCAUCACCAUCAAGCUGGAGAACAUCAAGAAGGAAAGGCUGAAGACAGUGAGAGACUCCUGCCCCUGGGGCAACUCUGCACCACAACUACCACAGGGUCAACGCAACAGCACGAAGCUGCCUCCCAUACCUGCAGUCGGUUCCCUGCUGGAGAGCUCAAACAUAAUGAGUAACUUCAAUGGUUCAUACCCUGGCCAACGUGGCGGCGACCUGUCUUCAUGUGAAGUGACACUGCUGAACCAGCUGAACGAGCGGCGUGACAGUACCACCAGCACCAUGAGCUCAGCAUACACAAUGAGUCGGCGUUCAUCUGGUAUUUCACCAUGCUACUCCAGCCGUCGCUCCAGUGAGGCUUCACAGUUUGGCACUAACCGACACAACAAUAUCAGUUCGGCUGACUCCUAUGACCCAAUCUCCACUGAUCUGUCUCGUCGCUCCAGUGAGGCCAGCCACUGUGGAGGAGGAGGUGGUGGCGGUGGUGGCAGUAGUGGAGGUCUCCCAAGCCUUCUCAGUCUGACACCAGCUCAGCAUUAUCGGCUCAAGGCAAAGUAUGCUGCUGCCAUUGGCGGAGCUCCACCCACUCCUCUCCCUAAUAUGGAUCGAAUGAGCCUGAGGACCCGCAUGGCGCUCUACGGUGACUCCCAGGAAAGCUCAUCCCACCUAUUCCAUCAUCCACCAUCUGGUACUGUGCCCCGGCGUUGCAGUGACCUGGGAUAUGGCAACCACAGCAUGAUGCCCCAUGAGGUACCCAACAACCUUCCACGCCGUGCCAGUGACCCAGUGCAUCGUCCCGCCCUGGACCCUCUCUCCUUUCCUAGGGUCCAGCGCUACAACAGCAUGAACAGCAUGAACCCCAUGAGUGGUUCAUCAGCUGCAGAACGUCACCAGACACUGGCUAUGCAGGGCUACACUCGCUCUGAUGGCAGCCUGCAGCGCUACCCAUUCGCCCCCAGACCACCUAGCAUUUGUGAGAACGUAGCCAUGGAAAACAUGGCAGUAGAUGGGGAGCAAGGUGCAGAGGAUGAUAUAGUGCUUCCGGAUGAUGUGGUGCAGUACCUCAGAACCCAGAACACUGGCAACUCAGGUCACAACUCGGGGCAAGCUGACUACCAUUUCAACAAUCAGUCUCAGGGCUACCAGACAGGCAUGCCCCCACCAUUAUCAUUUUAUACACAGAGAAGGAUGGCCAUGGCUGAUGCUACCAUGAAUCAGUCUGGUCAGGAUAUGCAAUCCUGCCAGAUGGGUCAAGGUGGCUCCCAGCAGCCCUUCUCAGCACCAUCGAACAACAUGAACAAGAAUAAUAUGCCAGUGCAGUGGAACGAGGUGAGCUCGGGGACUGUGGACACCACAACCAAGCUCUCCAAACAACAGCAGCAUCCUAUCAGGGGAAAUUUAGCUGUUGUUCAGCAGAGGCAUAACUUUGGUUCCUUCCAGGCACAGGGUCAAGGCCUUGGCAGCAACCAGCAGGUAGGGACUAUGAGUCAGAACAUGUCUAUGCAGGGGUAUGCAAACCACAACAGCCAGAGGAUGAUGAAUAUAUCCCACCAGCAGCAUCAGCAACAGAGGCAAUGCAACAAUGUGAACUUUAGUGAGCAAAUGAGUCCUCAGCAAGGGUUUGGCCAAGAGGCGAUCCCGAAUUCUAUAUCUGGGAGCACUAGCGUGAGACCUACCCGUAACGGUACGGCAGACCCAGAACUGCAAAAUUACAAGGCAAGGACACAGGCUGAUGGGUAUUCGCAUGUGAACCAAGUGGAUCAGCAACAAAAUUGCAGUGUUCUCUCUCAGCAGCAGCAGCAGCAGCACAAUAUUCAUAAUGGAGGCAGGGGAAUGUUACAUCCCAGGCCUCCCACAGAGCCCAAGUCUAGUGCCAGACAACACGCAGGGUUAAGCAUAAUGCAACCGAGCCGAAUACCCAAGUCAUCUGAUUUGAGUCCCAGCCUUGGUAAUGACACCUCAGAGGCAAGUCCAAAGAGGCCCAGUGGCUCAGAGGCCCACCAUAGCAACUCUGAGAAUCCCAACUCUGCUGUGUUCUACACAGGUCAGAUUCAUUUGUUUGAGCCAGCUUCUGCCUCCUUUGAUGUCCCCAUGUCACCCUGUGCCAACCAGGCUCCAGCCAGCAACAACACUGCUGCAGCUAACAUGGCCUCACCAGGAGUCAACCAGGUUUCCAGCAGCACAGUAGAUUCCUCCACUGGUGGAUCUGGUGGCGCAGAGCACGCCCAGAUCGACUUUGACACCAUGCUCGAUGACGGGGACCACUCCAGCUUAAUGUCGGGCACCCUGAGUCCUGGCCUUCUGCAGAGCCUCUCCCAGAAUUCCUCACGUCUCACCACCCCACGCAACUCUGUCACCCUAGCUUCUGUACCGGCAGGGAUCGGCAACAUGGCCAUCGGUGACAUGAACUCUAUGCUCACAGCCUUGGCUGAAGAAAGCAAGUACUUCAGCCUGAUAAGUUGA